CCGACAGAGCCCUCAACGAACAAUAUACCUUUUGCUUAGUCAUCUCGAAUUGUACCACAAGAACAACAUGUGUAACGGAUCGUCGACACGAGUGAGCCAAGGCGGAUCCAUCGCAGUCCUUAGACCGUCAAGGGAAAUACGAGAAGUAUCACCAGUCCAACAGGACAGCGAAGUGCGGCUGCUGUUCUCGAACGGAAGCAGGACGCUCCUCGGCAGUGCUGGGACACAUGUUGAGCUACAGGGAUGGGACGCGACCAACAGCAUAUUCCAACGGAGAUCGUGGGUGGUGAUUCAUUCCGACGGUGAUCUCAGUGCCGCUGAAACCCGCCCUGCCGUUCCUUUCUUUUCCUUCGAUAUCGGAAGCAGAGAGUCGUGUACUAUGGAGUUGCCGGAGACGCUCAACCUGGGCGUUGGUGAUACUGGGAUCAUCGGGCGGAGAGUCUCUGUGAUGACGGGGUCAACAAGAGGGCCUCUGAUCGUAGCAGAGGGCAUCAUUGGUUGGAAUUGAGGAAUGGUAGCGGGAUUUCGUUUUGCAAUUUCAGUUGCUUGGAGUUUGGUGGAUCAGGCGAUUUGAUUUCCUCGUGGGAAUUGAAGCCGUGGCGUUCGAUCAGUUGUAACCGCGCUAAUUUCAAAGCUCGCUUUCAUGCAUCACAGUUCUCGUUCAUCGACGCUUGACUUGACUGGUGUGUGUGUGUGCGUGUAUGCGUGUGUGUUCUUGCUGAGCUCAACACAAUGAUAGAACAUCAGUUCCAGUACUGCAUCGCUUCUUGUGGAAAAAUUCAGGUACUCAAACUGUCGUCCAGCCGAUGUCGCAAGACCACGCCUUGCACGACUUGCCAUGUGGCGAAAGCACCCAAUUAAAUGCUAUAGCGUGCAUCGCCUUGAGGGGUAGUUCUCCAGGGAAAGACGUAUCGCGUGAU